AUGGUCAAUCUCAAGUGGUCUUCUCUCGCCUUGCUCGCCCUGCGCAUCGCCACCGCCUUCGCUGCGGAAGAUGUCGACUCCGAGCCCGUCACCGCCGUUCCGGUCGAGCAGCCCGAGCUCAAGGCCGAGAUCGAGACGACCUUUCCCGAUGCCGACAUCUUCGGCGUCAAGAUCGUCAAUGGCCGGGUCACCAAGGCGCUGAUCGAGAUCACCAACCAUGAGGACACGCCAAUUGACGUGGCCUUUGUCGGCGGCAUGCUCAAGACCACCAAGCCGCUGCCCGAGGAUGCCCCGGCCUCCGCCGCCAUCAUCCGCAACCUGACGGCCGUCCGGUACGACGUCUCGAUCGCCGCCGGUGAGAAGCACCAGCUUCCCUUCCAGUUCGUCCUCGACAUGAUGCCGCAGGACGUCCUCGUUGAGCUGGUCGCCAUCAUCACCAACUCGGCCUCCAGCCAGAUCUUCCAGGUCCAGGCCCACAGCGGCGCCGCGAGCAUUGUCGAGCCGCCUACCAGCCUAUUUGACCCCCAAAUCAUCUUCCUCUACCUCUUCCUCACUGGCGCGUUCGGUGCGACCCUCUACUUCGUCUACAAGACCUGGAUCGAGGCCCUUUUCCCGCAGGCCAAGGUGGCGCCGACAGGCGGCAAGAAGGCUGCGCGCAAGGCCGCCAUCGUCGAGCCCGAGCCCCAGUCCGGCUACGACUCGGCCGGCGCCACCAGCGGUGGUGACGGCUCCAAGAGCUACGACGAGAGCUGGAUCCCCAACCACCACAUCAACCGCCCCGUGGCGCGCCGCGUCAAGAGCAGCGCCAGCGGCAAGACCAAAUAG